AUGGGUGUCGAUCUCGCUCAGGUCGGAAUCUCUACAUUUAACAUUGUCGGAAACCUGACGAUGGCUCUGGUGUAUAGCUGGAAGCUGGCACUGGUUUCUUUGGCUGGCGCGGGCCCGAUUGGGGUGUUCUCUAGCUAUAUCCGAUUUCGAUACGAGCUUCAAUUCGAGGAGAUGAAUGGUACGGUUUUUGCUGAAAGUUCUCAAUUUGCCUCGGAGGCCAUUGGAGCUUUUCGUACGGUGACUUCCUUAACCCUCGAGGACUCCAUAUCUGAUCGCUUUGAGACCUUGUGCCAAUGGUAUGUGACUUCUGCUUACAGGAAAGCUCGCUGGGUGAGCAUCAUCCUCGGAUUCUCUGAAAGCGAAUAUUGCAUCAGAACGUAUCCUACAAGCGAGGGUUCUAGCAUUGUUAGCCUUCCCGAAAAGCACGGCUUCCCAAUACAAGACGGUGGUGUUACAAUCGAGAUUUGGGACCUUAGCCUGAAGUACCCUGGUCGAAAGGUGCCCAUCUUGGACGGGCUGAACAUGCAAAUUGGAAAGGGGCAGUUUGCUGCUCUAGUAGGCGCAUCUGGAAGUGGAAAGACCAGUAUCAUAUCUCUGAUCGAGAGAUUCUUUGAGCCGGAAAAGGGCCAAAUACUGUUCAACGGGACGGAUAUUUCGGAUAUCAACAUGUAUGCGUGGGGGAUGCAUUUGUCUCUUGUGGCGCAAGAGCCUACUUUGUUCCAAGGCACAAUUCAGGACAACAUUCUCCUUGGUAUGGGCGAAGCCAGCGUCACAGACGAGCAAGUUCACGCUGCUUGCCAGGAAGCGUCAAUCCAUGACUUCAUCAUAUCUCUUCCCGAGGGCUAUGGUAACAAUAUCGGGUCGCGUGGCAUCACUCUUUCUGGAGGCCAAAAGCAGCGCCUCGCGAUUGCUAGGGCUUUAAUUCGUAAUCCCGGAGUUCUUCUUCUCGACGAAGCUACCAGCUCUCUCGACCCCGAGAGCGAGCGAUUGGUUCAAGUAUCCCUUGAACGUGCAGCUAGGGAGAGGACCAUGAUUGCAGUUGCACAUCGGCUGACCACCAGUCAAAACGCCGAUGUUAUAUUUGUACUGGGAGAAGGUGGCAACGUGCUGGAAAAGGGUAGUCACAUUGAGCUUCUGGGCCAAAGGGGCGUAUAUUAUCAAAUGUGCCAGAACCAGGCUCUUGACCAAUGA